UGUUGCUGCAGCGUUAAUGCUAAACAGACCUUUCCCUCUCUUCCCUCGCUCCAGCCAAAGUGCAGCGGCUCCGCCGCCUUCCCGCCCCGAUGCCGAGUGUGUGCCAUCCCUGGAGCCGCUGAGAACCGCUGGGCACGGGAUGGAGAGUCGCCGGAGGGACAUGGAGCUGCUCAGCAACAGCAUGGCCGCGUACGCCCACAUCCGAGCCAACCCCGAGAGCUUCGGGCUCUACUUCGUGCUGGGCGUGUGCUUCGGGUUGGUGCUGACCCUGUGCCUGCUGGUGCUGCGCUUGUCCUGCCGGUCCCCCCCGCGCCCCCCGGCCCGGCCCGGCCACCCCAGCGAGGACGAGGAGGAGGAUGACGAGGACGAGGAUGAAGAGGAGGACACCAUCGACCGCGCAGCGUCCGAGUCGCUGCUGCCGGUGACCGAGAUCCCUCUGGAGAGCCACGGCCCCGGGGACGGGGCUCUGGCUGUGAACGUGUUCGCGUCGGCGGAGGAGCUGGAGCGGGCGCAGCGGCUGGAGGAGCGCGAGCGCAUCAUCCGCGAGAUCUGGCGCAACGGGCAGCCCGACAUCCUGGGCUCCGGCACCAUCGGCUCCGUCGGCACCCUGGGCCGCGUCCACUACUACUGAGCCCCGGCACGGGGGCAGCCGCCCUGGCACGGUGCCUGCUCCCCCCAGAGCCGAUCCCACACCGUGCCAGGAGGGACCGGCAGGACACGGGGGCCGCUUGUGGCCCCUGCACCGGCGGAGCCGCCCUGGGCUGUCCCUGCACCAAGGACAGCAUGGCCGGGGCUGGACUCUCCCGCAGCACCGCGGGACACGAUGCACUUUGAGCCAUUGGUACGAGGCUGGCACCAGCCAAGCAGCCCCAGGACACGCAGGGACAGGGAUGGGGACAGGGCUGACCUUGCUGGCCCAUCUCAGCCGGGAUGGGUGGGGGGUCACCCUGUGGGGCAGGGUCGGGCUGUGCGUCCGUGUGAGCCCUGGGCUCCUGCCCCACAAACAUGGUGCUGUUAUACACAA